AUGGUUGAUUGUAGCUGGGUAGAGAAGAAGUACAGUGAUUGAGAUAUUACCAGAGGAUCAAGACAAGAGACUAAUAUUGUCUGUAUGGCACAGAAGAAAAUCUGAAAGUGAGCUGCUAGGAUGUAUGUCAUUUGGGAUCAAGAAGUUGGUCAAAUCAAAGAAGGAAAUCGGGGGCUGGUACUUCUUGUUAUCUGAGGAGAUAGGACGACAAAAACAUCUCAAAUUUACUCCCGGCAUUUGCAAAGUACAAACAAAAGCCUAUCAGCACAUACCCAAAGUGCACUCAGAUGUGCUGUGGAUGGAGUCACUGACAGUGUGUUUAAGGCGUGGUGAGAGAGGGUUUGGCUUCACAGUGGUUGGAUCAUGUCCAGUAAGAGUUGGCAGAGUAGAGCAAUCCUCUGAAGCAUGGUCAUCAGGUUUAAGGACAGGUGACUACAUAGUGCAAAUAAACAGUCAAAAUGUGUCCAGGUCCACUGCAGAGAGUGUCGUCAGGUUGGUCAGGCACUCCAGCAAUCAAAUCAUAGUGGACGUCCAGCGACCGAGGAGAGUCCCAACACUGACCAGUUCCCCGAGAAAGUUUGGUGUGAGGAAGGACAGGAAUGGACAGUCUCCCGAGCAGGAUGAUCCAAUUGAAAGACAGUUGUCUGUGGACAAUGUCAUCGAUGGGGCAGACUGUAAGAAGCCAAGUGGUGAGAGUAGGCAGAUUUCUAGGCAAGUCAUCAGAGGAGUGAGCAUGAGAGAAGCCAACGAGAAAGAUGUUCAGGUACGAAGGGAUGGAUUACGUAGGUCAAAUUCCCAAAGGUCUCCUUCCAAAAGGAAUUCUCAGGAUGUACAGGGUCGACAAAAAUCUCAACGACAUUCCCUGCAUGAGCAGCAGCUUGUUUCCCAAGGUGUUCAUAAUGAUCAGGAUCCACAAGGGUGGCAGAAAGCUCAUUCACAUUCCCAAAACAAUCAUCAUAAUCAUCCACAGCAUCAGCAGACAACUUCCCAACAUGGCAUUCAAAACUCAAAUAUUCCACAGGGAUAUGGAGUGAUUUACGAAUUACAUGGAUUUCCGUCCAACAAAGAACAGGUGCCAAUGCACAAAAAACAUCAGGAAUACAAACCUGUUCCAUCCCAGUUCCCUGUGCCUCCCAAUGAAUCUCCAUCACAGGAAAUGGGAAUGUCACGCAAAAUUCAGGGCAAUUAUACAGAAAAUCACAAGCCUACAAAUAAUGGUCCUUCCAACAAAGAACAGCCAAGGGUGACUUGGAACCACACAGAGUUAGAAAAUGGCCAAACAACCAACCAGACAAAACCAGGAGGGAUACUAAAGAACAAUGGUAGCAACGAGACAGACCACACUAAUCAAGCAAAACCAGGAGGGAUACUCAGGAAUGGGAGUAGUGGUCCCAGUAACAACAAGACUAAAACUGAGCAAGGUUUCAAAGUUUAUUAUGACUUCCUGGGGUUUCAGGAAGAGCAGUGUAAAGAGAAUGCUAUAGAUGUGUCUGCUCCUCAGCGCCACUCCCAGGGCACCACCAUGGCUUUACCUCAGUUAUCUCAGGCUUUCCAGGAUCUCAGCGCCAGUGAUCAAAAGCGCCAGCAGGCCAUUCAGAAGCUUAUUGCAUGUGAAGAAAUUUUUACGAACAGCAUGCAUGCAGGUGUGCAGCGCUACUCACGACCAUUGCGCCAUCAGAACAUGACACAACUACAGCAUUCCACUAUGUUCCAGAAUGUGGAAAAAAUUGUUGCCAUAUCUCAAUACCUAGUCAAUCAGCUCCACAGCCAUCAGGUCUCUUACCCUGGGGAACAGUUUAAAACCCAGGGGUACAUAGAUGCAGUGGGCUCAAUUUAUCACAAUAAGAUCUCAGUUGUAAGUGAAAGUUAUGAAACUUACUGCAAAGGUCUACCUGAUGCAGUGCAGUUGCUCAAACAACUUUCAGCAAACCAAGAAUUUGCCAAAUUUAUCCAGAAGCAGCAGAUAGAAAGUAUUGAUGGUCCUGAUCUCUUGUCAUUCCUUCACUAUCCACCAGAGCACCUGCGGCAGUUGCUGAUACUUCUUCAAAGUAUCCUUAGUCUUACACCGCUAGAACACCAUGACCAGGCACAGCUACAGAAAACAGUGGAAGGAUUAAGGAGUUGCUGUAACAGGAUCUACAGUGGGAGUCUUCCUGCACCAAGUCUUCAGUCCUCCAACCAGCCAGCUACUUCCACGCCCAAUUCUUCUUCCAACAGCAGCAGAAGUAACCUUAUCACAAACCAGCAAGUACUGGACAUACAGAAUAGGCUGUGCUUUGCUCAGAAUGUUCCAGUCUUCCAGUUGUAUGAUCCAAAGAGACAUCUCAUCCACACUGGGCAGUUACUGAAGGUAGAGGGAAGAAAAUGGAUACAGCUUUAUGCCUUGUUGUUCUCAGACCUGUUACUGUUAACUGUUCCUGAGCCAGAGGGAAGUCUUAUUGUGGUAGAACAACCCAUUCUGUUCAAGGCUGUCACUGACAUUGACUAUAACAGGAAGAACACUCCAGGAGGAGGAGCAGGGUGA